CCAACAUGUUGUAAGACCGAUGGCCCCCACUUGGUGGCAGUGACACGCCACCCGGAAGUACCUUGACCCGGCGAAGAAGACGUACCUGGAAAGUUGAGCCGUGCAAACAUGGCGGACGCUGUGCCCAGCUGCCAAAUGAGCUCCAGUCCCAGCUAAGCUGACCAAGAGAGGCUGCGUCUGAUGACCGCUGAUGACUUUUCAUGUUUCAUGGACGUCCCGGACUCGCUGGGACUCUAAGCUUUUCGCCUAAGUCGAAUGGCGUCCGCUCAAGCCCGAAUAGGCCAGCAGGCCUUGGCGGUGCUCGAUGUGGCUCUGCGGGUCCCUUGCGUCUUUAUCAUCGACGCCAUAUUCAACUCGUACUACGACCCCGGGCCCGGGUGGGCCGGCGCCGUCGCGAAGGCUCUGUUCCGAGUGAUAGGUGUCCUCGUCUCCAGUGUGGUGCUGCUGCUCUCCCAGAAGGCCUUGUUCAAGUUCUACACGCUCUUCUUGGCCGUCCUCCUCGGCGCGUCGGCGGUCCUCGUCAACUACCACUGCACGUCCCACAUCGACUUCUACAGCGCCUACUACAAGGCGGCGUUGGGCUUUAGACUUCUGCCCAGGAAUGGGCCGACGCUGUGGCUGGGCGUGGCGGCGGUCCAGCUGGUCUUCGGGGUGGGUUACGUGUACCUCUUGAAUCUGCAGUCGUCGCUGGCCGCCCUGGUGGUCCUGGACAUCAUGGUCCCCGUGUGGGGGCUGAUGAUCGAGCUGCCGCUGGACGUGCGGCGGAUGGUGGCCGUGUUCUCGGGCACAGUGCUGGCGCUCAACACGGCCGUGUGCCUCGUCGUGAGGCUCAAGUGGUUCUACUACUCGUGCCGCUACGUCUACCUGCUGGUCCGCCACAUGUACCGCAUGUAUGGCCUGCAGCUGCUUCUGAAGGACACCUGGAAAAGAAUCCGCUUCCCUGACGUCCUGCGAGUAUUCUGGCUGACGCGAGUCACCGCCCAGGCCCUGAUCCUGGUCUACGUGGUGCGGGCGGUGCGGCGAGAGAGCGGCGAUGCCACAGGUGUGGCAACAGACGGGAGCUCGGACUCGCAGGGUUACACGCUAAGCUGGGAUGUGUUCUGGGACGUGACGAGUAAUCUGAUCAUCUCCGGGUGUGAUUCCACACUCACAGUUCUGGGCAUGAGCGCCGUCAUCUCAUCUAUGGCGCACUACCUGGGCCUCAGCAUCCUCACCUUCAUCGGUUCCACUGAGGAGGAGGACAAACGCUUGGGCUUCGUGGCUCCGGUUCUGUUCUUCAUUCUCGCCCUGCAGACCGGCCUCAGCAGCCUGGACCCCGGGGAACGACUGGUCCGUCUGAGCCGCAACAUGUGCCUUCUGCUGACGGCCAUCCUGCACUUCAUCCAAGGUAUGACCGACCCAGUGCUGAUGUCACUCAGCGCCUCGCACGUCUCCUCGUUCCGCCGACAUUUUCCCGUGCUGCUGGUGUCGGUGGCGCUCUUCGUGCUCCCGGUGGUGCUCAGCCACGCCCUGUGGCACCACUACGCCCUCAACACCUGGCUCUUCGCCGUCACCGCCUUCUGCGUGGAGCUCUGUCUCAAGGUGGUGGUGUCGCUGACCGUCUACGGCCUCUUCAUGGCGGACGGCUUCUCCAACGUCCUGUGGGAGAAGCUGGACGACUACGUCUACUACGUGCGUUCCACGGGAAACAUCAUUGAGUUCCUGUUUGGCGUGGUGAUGUUCGGGAACGGCGCCUACACCAUGAUGUUUGAGUCGGGCAGCAAGAUCCGCGCCUGCAUGAUGUGCCUGCAUGCCUACUUCAACAUCUACCUGCAGGCCAAGAACGGCUGGAAGACCUUCAUCAACCGCCGCACGGCCGUCAAGAGGAUCAACUCGCUGCCGGAGCUGCGUGGCGACCAGCUGAGGGACAUCGAGGACGUGUGCGCCAUCUGCUACCAGGACUUUGCCACCUCGGCCCGCAUCACGCCGUGCCACCACUUCUUCCACGCGCUGUGCCUCCGCAAGUGGCUGUACAUCCAGGACACCUGCCCCAUGUGCCACCAGAGGGUCAAUGUGGACGACGACAGCCAGGACACGGACGCCUUCUCCAACAACAACGGGGGGUACGCGCCGCCGCCGGACAAUGACGAUGCGGCCCCGCCACUGGCGAGGGAGAACCAGCGCCAGGAGCCCGCCGACGGCCAGCCCGUGAACCGAGCGGCGGGUGCGGCAGCCGCCGGCGGGCCAGCCGUGCUGGACCACGAGCUGCUGGAGGACAACGACAGCAUCGAGUACGACGACGACGAGUGGGGGGUGCAAAAUGGAAGCACACCCGUAGAAGAAGAAUAUUUGAACGAUGACACAGACUCCACGGAGGACUGACGUCCGAUUUUAUUUAAGUCAGAAACACAGCAUUUUAAUUGAAACAUGUCAGGGAUGUGAUUUUUAUUUUACUUUAAAGGCGCGCGCGUGGUGUCAACAAAACCAUUCUUUGCACAUUCUCUUCCUGCGUUGAAACGUCAGUGCACUUUUCCCAGCAUCCCCGCCGUGAAGCCUGCUGAGGUUUGUGUCACAAUCAGCACAAGAACCUGUGACCGGGACACGCAGUCAGUACAUUCAAAAUAAU